AUGGCCAAUCGACAUAAAGAUUCAGCAUCAGAAUCGGAAACAACUCGUCAAUACAAUAAAGAUAAAGAAAGUAAUACUCAAAGCACCACAACAAACGGUAGCUCAAACACAACAACAACAACCACUUCAACAUCGAAAACAACACAAAAACAGAAAAAUCAAUUAGCUCAACAACAACAACAAAAUUAUUUACAAAGACAUAUAAAUUCAAAUGGACCAGGAGAUAAACCCAAAGUUGAUCCUCUCGAUUUUGAAAAAUUUAAUAAUAAAAUAUUAUGGUCAUAUAAAGAUAGAUAUAAUUUUAAUUUAUCAAGACCCGAAUCAUUAAAUUCUGAUAUUUUAAAUUCAGAAAUUGGUAAAAAGACAUAUACUAAAAGAAAUCAAGAAAAACAAAGUAGAGUUAAUAAAAAUAGCAAAUUAAAUAAAAAAGAAUUCGCUUCUCAUGUUAAAAAUCACUUUAUGAAUUUAAAUGCUAAAGAAAAUGAUAUAAUUACUGGGUUUUUAUAUAAAGUAAAACAUCAAGAUAAAGAAUUUAAAUUAACUUUUCAAUAA